AUGCGCUCCGUCCCAGUGACCCGUCCUGAAGUCAUACCAAAUGCUAUAUAAGAGCCUGCGAGUGAGCCCAUAGCUCUUCAUCACAAAGCACGCUGUCUCAGAAAACCACCACAUCCAUCUGCGUCCAACAACAAUGAAGUUCUCGAGCACCAUCACCUCCGCCGUCGCCCUUGCUCUCCUCGCUCCCGUCAAGGCCGACUUCUCCGCCAACUUCUUCGAUGACAACGCCUGCUCCGUGAAUGGCGGCAUCGGCGUCGACAUCCGCAACGAUGGCUGCCUGGGCGAGGCCGGCCGCGGUUCCGUCUACAUCCCCGACGACGGUCUCGGCACCAGCGGCGACAACCAGUACUGUCUCGUCAUCACCUCCGGCGACGGGACGUGCACCUGCCAGAACGUCGGCUACGACUUCACGGCCACCGGGUUCUGCAAGACGCUCAACCCGAGCGACCAGAGCUACCGUUUCGUCGGAGGAGCCUGCGGAGGCAACAACUGCUAGGAUACUGGCAAAAGAGUGCUGUAUUGUUCGUUGAGACGAGUGGUCCGGCGAGGGUAGUGUAUGUGAACAACUAACUGUGUAACUUACAUAACGUCGAGAAGCCAUGAUGAAUGUCAAGUGAUCUGGGG